AUAUUCUCUUUCUGUGGACGAAACUCAAACUUAAAGACCAGAGAUAGCCAGAGAGAGAGACAGGAUUAGCCUUAGAGAGAACUCGCUCAUCAAACCUCGUAUCAAAAAAGAAAAUGGCAUUGAAGCUUAACCCUUUGGCAUCUCAGCCUUACAAACUCCAUACCUCGGCUCGUCCGCCAAUCUCUACUUUCAGAUCUCCCAAGUUCCUCUGCCUCGCUUCCUCUUCUUCCCCUGCUCUCAGCUCCAGCACCAAGGAGGUCGAGAGCUUGAAGAAGCCAUUCACUCCCCCUAAGGAAGUCCACGUUCAAGUCCUGCACUCAAUGCCACCCCAAAAGAUCGAAAUCUUCAAAUCCAUGGAAGACUGGGCCGAGCACAACCUCCUACCUCACCUCAAAGACGUGGAGAAGUCAUGGCAGCCCCAGGACUUCUUACCGGACCCUGCUUCCGACGGGUUCGAAGACCAGGUAAAAGAGUUAAGAGAAAGAGCAAGAGAGCUCCCAGAUGAUUACUUCGUUGUCUUGGUGGGUGACAUGAUCACAGAAGAAGCGCUUCCCACCUAUCAAACAAUGCUGAACACUUUGGAUGGUGUAAGGGAUGAGACUGGUGCUAGCCCCACUUCAUGGGCCGUUUGGACUAGAGCUUGGACCGCUGAAGAGAAUCGCCACGGUGAUCUUUUGAAUAAGUAUCUUUACUUGUCUGGUCGUGUUGACAUGAGGCAGAUUGAGAAGACUAUUCAGUACCUGAUUGGUUCCGGAAUGGAUCCACGCACAGAGAACAACCCUUACCUUGGCUUCAUCUACACCUCAUUCCAAGAAAGAGCCACCUUCGUCUCUCACGGCAACACAGCUCGCCAAGCCAAAGAGCACGGAGACCUCAAGCUAGCCCAAAUCUGCGGCACAAUAGCUGCAGACGAGAAGCGUCACGAGACAGCUUACACCAAGAUAGUUGAGAAGCUUCUUGAGAUUGAUCCUGACGGCACUGUGGUGGCCUUUGCGGAUAUGAUGAGGAAGAAAAUCUCGAUGCCUGCUCACUUGAUGUACGAUGGGCGUGACGACAAGCUCUUUGACAACUUCUCCUCCGUGGCUCAGAGGCUUGGUGUCUACACUGCUAAAGAUUAUGCGGACAUUCUUGAGUUCUUGGUCGGGAGGUGGAAGAUUGAGAGCUUGAGUGGGCUUUCGGGUGAAGGAAACAAAGCGCAGGAGUAUCUAUGUGGGUUGACUCCGAGAAUCAGGAGGUUGGAUGAGAGAGCUCAAGCAAGAGCCAAGAAAGGACCUAAGAUUCCUUUCAGCUGGAUACAUGACAGAGAAGUGCAGCUCUGAAGAAAGGACAAAAGACAUAAUAAAACCAUUUUCUCUCUCUCUCUCCGUUCGUUAUUUGAUAUGUCUGCUCUUGAAGUUGGUGUAGAUUACUAUGGUUUCUGAUAAUGUUCGUUGGUCUAGUUACAAAGUUGAGAAGCAGUGUCUUAGUAACUUUGUUUGUUUCUUUCAGUGACUUAUGUUUGGUCUUUUAGUAAACUUCUGGUAGUUAAAAACAGUUGAGCGUUUUGAGUCUGUACUCAGUUUUCACUGUGGAGUUUUGUUCUAGUUGAAGUUAGUUUUUGUGUCUUC